UCCCUGUGCCUCCCUGUGCCUUCCAGCCCCGAGCGCUCCGGCGGGACCGCGCCGCCGACAUGGGUGGAAAAACUGGCAAGUCGGUGCUCUGCUUUGGCUUCCCUUUGAGCAUUUUCUUCAUUGUCAUCAAUGAGUUCUGCGAGCGGUUCUCCUACUAUGGCAUGAAAGCUGUGCUCACUUUGUAUUUCACACGUUUCCUACACUGGGAAGACAACUUUGCCACUGCCAUCUACCACACAUUUGUUGCUUUGUGUUACUUGACACCAAUCCUUGGAGCAAUCAUUGCAGACUCUUGGCUGGGAAAGUUUAAGACCAUUCUCUACCUGUCCAUUGUCUAUGCCAUCGGGCAGGCAGUGCUGUCUGUGGGCUCCAUAAGUGAACUGACGGGUGGCUCUGCCAAUAAUCUAGCACCAAACAUUGCUCUGUCAAUGAUUGGCUUGAUCCUUAUUGCCCUCGGUACUGGUGGGAUCAAACCUUGUGUAUCAGCAUUUGGUGGAGAUCAGUUUGAAGAAAAUCAGGAAAGGCAAAGAGGCACCUUCUUCUCUCUCUUUUAUUUGUCCAUUAAUGCUGGAAGUCUCUUAUCUACUCUAAUCACUCCAACUCUCAGAGCUUCAGAAUGUGGCAUCCAUACCAAACAGGAAUGUUACCCACUUGCUUUUGGAGUCCCUGCUAUCCUCAUGGCUGUUGCCUUGGUUGUGUUCAUAAUUGGAAGCAGAAUGUACAAGAAAGUUAAACCUCAAGGAAACAUAAUGCUUGAAGUUUCCAAAUGUGUUGGAUUUGCCAUCAAAAACAGGUUUCGGCAUCGCAGCAAGGAGUUCCCCAAGAGAGAGCACUGGCUGGACUGGGCGAGUGAUAAGUAUGAUAAACGACUGAUUGCUCAGACAAAGAUGGUGUUGAGGGUGCUUUUCCUCUACAUCCCUCUCCCCAUGUUCUGGGCGGUUUUUGACCAGCAGGGGUCAAGAUGGACACUGCAAGCCACAGCAAUGGAUGGGAAUUUUGGUUUUCAAAUUCAACCAGACCAAAUGCAGAUUGUGAAUCCAAUCCUGAUUGUUAUAAUGGUCCCAGUUGUGGAUUCUUUGCUUUAUCCUUUAAUCAAGAAAUGCAAGCUGAAUUUUACGCCCCUGAAGAAGAUGACUGUGGGGAUGUUCCUCGGCUCUUUGGCUUUUGUUGCUGCUGCCCUUGUGCAAGUGCAAAUAGAUAAAACCUAUCCAGUUUUCCCUGCAGCUUGGCAAGCUCAGAUCAAAUUAAUCAAUGUGGGUGAAAGUCCUGCAACAGUUGAGUUCCAGCCUCAGCUUGGCAAUGUGUCUAUAGCACCUAAACAUGAGACUGGCUACAUGACAUUUAAUGCUUCUGAGCUGCAAUCACUACACAUAACUGCUGCACUUCUAACUAAAACGGAGCCUUUGGAUCUGCAAGGAAAAGAACGCUACACUUUGGCAUUUAAAUGGGAUACAACAAACAUCAGUUCUAAUUUGAUAUGGGACAACAUGACGUCAAAACCAGAAUCUGGAAAAAGUCUUGUCAGGUUCAUAAACAAUUUGCCUUUUACUGUCAAUGUUACUAUGGGGGACACGGAUUUUGGAGAACUGGAUCCUCUUUCUGUCACUAAUUACAGUGUUGUUCCAAAACCAGACGGGUCAUAUACCAUUAAUGCUUCAAUGCCUCAGACUGCUUGUACAACUGUUUCAAAGAAAUUUGGAUAUGGCAGUGUCUAUACCAUUUCACUUGAUUAUUGUACUGAAAACGCACUUAGCAUAACAUACUUUGAAGAUAUUGCACCAAAUACAGUCCAUAUGGCUUGGCAGAUCCCUCAGUAUUUUCUUCUGACAUGUGCAGAAGUGUUGUUCUCUGUCACUGGGCUGGAGUUUUCAUACUCACAGGCCCCAUCUAACAUGAAGUCAGUGCUGCAGGCAGGGUGGCUGCUGACUGUGGCUGUUGGUAACAUAAUUGUCCUUAUCGUGGCUGGGGCAUCCACAAUUGACAAGCAGUGGGCAGAGUAUGUGCUGUUUGCUGCACUGCUGUUACUAGUUUGCAUCAUUUUUGCUAUCAUGGCUUCUUUUUAUACCUAUAUUGAUCCAAAUGAGAUUGAAGCCCAGUUCGAUAAGGAAGAAAAGAAGGAUCAAGAUGACAAUGAAAAAGAAGCUGAACUUGAUUCUCGAAUGUAAAAGCUGUAUUCAAGGAGUAUUUGUAAAUCACGGAAAUCCCAUUCUAUCUCCUGCAGUCAGAGGAAUCAGGGUAUCAGUAAUAACACCUCUGGAUUACAUGUCUUGUGGGAGACAUUAAGCAAAACUGUUUUAACUUAAAGCACAGCCUCUCUAGGGAAGCAAUAGGAAAAUACUAGUCUCUCUCUUAUACUGAAUGUGGUAUCCUGGAGAAACUUCAGCAGAACUUGCACUCUUAAUGUACCUCAAUCUUAAAUAUUAUAGCAUUAGAAUAUUGAAAUUAGACUUGGAACUAUUGAACCCUUUGAAAAGAUAUAUUUUUAUACUGUGUUUCAAUUUUAUAUCAUGAAAGAAACAAGACUUGUCAAGAAACAGCAAUUGAAGCCAAGCUCUCUGCAUGAUCUCUCUAGCAUCACUGUUACUUGAAAACAGAAGGUCACAUGUGCCUUAAAUUCUUUUGUACUUCCUUAGAGAUAAUGGGAGCAAAGCUCUGGCAGUGAUCAGAUUAAAAUGUUGUCUGUGUUCCAAGUGGCAGUAACUUGGAUGUGCACUGUAAUAUAAUGCUUUAUCUGCCUGUUAACUACCCAUUUAACUCUUGUUAUGUCUUUAAUCAAUAUUGGAAGUCUCCACUCAGGUGAACUUGUAACAGCAAAUGACCUUUGGAACAAGCAAGAGCAAUAAAACUUCUGUUAUAACAAAAUAAGACAAGUAUUUUAAGAAUAUGGCUUACAGUUGCAUGUUAACAAGACUCGAUACCACCUCCCUGCUGCUUUUAUCUACACAUUCCUUCACUUAAAGCUAAUGGAUCAGUCCUGGUCUUCUCUAUCUUAAUAUACUAUAACACUUAUCAAAUUUAUGCUAGGGGAGACUAAAUUUUUUGCCUAUCCUGCUCCCAUAGUCCUGUGCUGCGUGUUAUGGAAUGCCAAUGGUCUGCAUGUUAUUUUGAUAAUUCUUGUUUUUUAGGGUCUGCAUCCUACCCUUUUUCCAGCAGCUUGGACUCACUGGCCCCUCCAGUAGUCUGGCCAGACUUUUAGCAGCUUUCAUACCCAUCUUCCAAUACUCUCAGGCUAUUUUGCAGUAAUUCCAUUUUGGUAUUUGUGAGUGAGGACACAGACAUCCAUAAUCAAGCAAUUGGUAUUCUGCUUGCUCUGAGGGUGCAUGGACCCCUGUGCUCCCUGUUCCCACUGGAGUUGCUGGCUUCCAUGUGCACUGAGAAUAGACUCACUCACCCAUGAAGACAGUUUCAAAUGGAGUUUGAAAAGGCAAGUGCAAGGUGCUCUUUGCUUGUGUUAGAGAUAGUCCUGUCACCCCAUAGACAGUAAUCCCCUCUUGGUCUCUCAGGUCAUCUGGAGAGAGCCUUUCCCUUGGAUUUGUGAUACUGCAUGUCCCCCAGUCAAUGGAACUGAGGGUCUCCUGUAACAGCCACAGGAGCAACUGGCUCCCUGCCAUCCUCUGAGGAGUUAAGGGAAUUUUAUGCCAGCUUUAUUUAUGGCAGACUAGCCAGCUUUUCUUCUACCAUGCAAGUUAAGCAAAAUAAAUUAUCUCUUAGCUGUAUCCAAUGGAAUAACAUCUUCUGCCUACUACUCUAUCCAUGCCAGGUUAAAUGUUUAUUUGUCAUUUUAGCACUACCUUUUUUUCCCCUUUGGAAUACAGGUCAUGUGCCUAGUUUUUAUACCAUAAGCUGUUGUAUCUUAAUGCUUUAGCAAACCCACUAACUUGUCUACAACAUAAUGAAUGUGGAUUAUAUUUAGAAAGCCAAUAAUACUGCAAAAUUAGAUAGAGAACCUUUCUGAUGAGGUGAAAACUACCUGUAAGGUAGAAUGGAGACAGUUGUGUGUGAUAAGAUUUUAAUCUCAUUUUCAACAGGGAUUUAAGUAAUUAAAAGUUAAAAUACCCA